GGGACUGAGCCGCUAUUGGCGUCCGGGCCGCGAUCCGGGGGCUGCUGGGAAGAUGGCGGACUCGGUGGCCCGCCGAUGAGGAAGCCGCGGAGGGAGCCCGGCUCCCGGGCCCCGAGACCGACUGAGGGAGCGACCUGCGCGGGGCCUGGGGAGUCAUGGUCUCCAACACCAAACUCCAUGCUUCGAGUCCUGCUCUCUGCCCAGGCCUCUGCUGCUCGGCUCUCUGGCCUGCUGCUGCUCCCGCCAGUACAGCCCUGUUGUCUGGGGCCCGGCAAGUGGGGGGACUGGCCUCCUGGAGGAGGCCUCCAUGCAGGCCCCGUGCAGGGGCUACAGCGGCUUCUGGAACAGGCGAGGAGCCCCGGGGAGCUGCUGCGCUGGCUGGGCCAGAACCCCACCAAGGUGCGCGCCCAUCACUACCCCGUGGCACUUCGUCGUCUGGGCCAACUCUUGGGGUCUCAGCCACGGCCCCCUCCUGUGGAGCAGGCCACACUACAGGACUUGAGUCAGCUCAUCAUCCGAAACUGCCCCUCCUUUGAUAUUCACACCAUCCACGUGUGUCUGCACCUUGCAGUCUUACUUGGCUUCCCAUCAGAUGGGCCCUUGAUGUGUGCCCUGGAGCAGGAGAGAAGGUUCCGCCUCCCUCCGAAGCCACCUCCCUCUCUGCAACCUGUCCUUCGCGGUGGGCAAAGAUUGGAAGCUGCUCUGAGCUGCCCUCGUUUCCUGAGGCAUCCGCGGCAGCAUCUCAUCCGCAGCCUGGCAGAGGCCAGGCCGGAGGAACUGACACCCCACGUGAUGGUGCUCCUGGCCCAGCACCUGGCCCGGCACCGGUUGCGGGAGCCCCAGCUUCUGGAAGCCAUUGCCCAUUUCCUGGUGGUCCAGGAAAUGCAGCUCAGCAGCAAGGUGGUACAGAAGUUGGUCCUGCCCUUUGGGCGGCUGAACUACUUGCCCCUGGAACAGCAGUUUAUGCCCUGCCUUGAGAGGAUCCUGGCUCGGGAAGCAGGGGUGGCUCCCCUUGCUACUGUCAACAUCUUGAUGUCACUGUGCCAGCUGCGGUGCCUGCCCUUCAGGGCCCUGCACUUUGUCUUUUCCCCAGGAUUCAUCAACCACAUCAGUGGCACCCCUCACGCCCUGAUUGUGCGGCGCUACCUCUCCCUGCUGGACGCAGCCGUGGAGCUGGAACUUCCAGGAUACCGGGGUCCCCGCCUUCCCCGAAGGCAGCAAGUGCCCAUCUUCCCCCAGCCACUCAUCACUGACCGUGCCCGCUGCAAGUACAGUCACAAGGAUAUAGUGGCGGAGGGGCUGCGCCAGCUGCUGGGGGAAGAGAAGUACCGGCAGGACCUGACCGUGCCUCCAGGCUACUGCACAGACUUCCUGUUGUGUGUCAGCAGCUCUGGUGCCGUGCUGCCCGUGAGGACCCAGGACCCCUUCCUACCAUACCCUCCCAGGUCCUGUCCCCAGGGCCAGGCUGCCUCUCAGCCCACGACCCAUGACCCGGCCCAAAGGGUGGUGCUGAUGCUGCGGGAGCGCUGGCAUUUCUGCCGCGACGGACGAGUGCUGCUGGGCUCGCGGGCCCUACGGGAGCGGCACCUGGGCCUGAUGGGCUACCAGCUCCUGCCGCUGCCCUUCGAGGAACUGGAGUCACAGAGAGGCCUGCCCCAGCUCAAGAGCUACCUGAGGCAGAAGCUCCAGGCCUUGGGCCUCCGCUGGGGGCCUGAAGGGGGGUGAGGGGGCACACACGGGGCUCAGGAUGACCCUCCGAUGGGGGGUGGACGAUU